AUGAAUCUGCUGUUGCUGCUAAUACCCAUUUGGCUUUUUAGCUACACUUCGUUUGCAGCUCCAAUGGAUGUCAGACCAGACUCUCCUCUUUCUUCCAUCGGUGACCCAGUUCUUCCCACUGAGAAAGAGCCCCUUUCUCAAACUUCUUCAGACAUGGAAGCCCAUUCUCCAGGAAUGCCAGAGGUCAGAAUAGUGCACCACCAGGAUUUGAACAAGAAAAUUUUAAUUGCUCUAAUUGUCUCUUCAGCUCUUCUUGGUGGAAUUCUGUUGUUUCUCUCUUGUUUCUGGAUCUACAGACUGAAAAAUUCGAAGAAAUCUAAUGCACAAAGCCAAGAGAGCUUGGAUGCUUCAAAAGGGCUCUCAUUGGGUCCAAUAUUGGGUAAAUUCACUGCUUUGAGAACUGCUGGUAAGAAGGGUUCAGUCGAUGCUAUUGAAUAUCAGCUUUUAGUAGCUGCAACAAACAGCUUCCAAGAAUCCAAUGUUUUGGGGGAGGGUGGAUUUGGACGUGUGUAUAAAGCUCGCUUCAAUGAUAACUUCCUUGCUGCUGUUAAAAGACUUCGUGGUCAAGGCCAGGAUACUGAAAGAGAAUUUGAGCUUUCUGAUUUUGGCCUUGCUAUAACUGGUGGCACUCACAACAAAAGCAACAUAAAGCUUUCAGGAACUUUGGGCUAUGUGGCUCCAGAAUAUCUUUUAGACGGUAAACUAACUGAUAAAAGUGACGUCUAUGCUUUUGGUGUUGUUCUUCUGGAGCUUUUGAUGGGAAAAAAGCCUGUGGAAAAAAUGUCCCCAUCUCAAUGCCAUUCUAUUGUCACAUGGGCCAUGCCUCAGCUGACUGACAGGUCAAAGCUCCCAAACAUCGUGGAUCCUGUUAUCAGAAGUACAAUGGAUGUCAAGCACUUAUAUCAAGUUGCAGCUGUAGCCGUGCUAUGCGUGCAACCAGAACCAAGUUACAGGCCGUUGAUAACAGAUGUCCUACACUCCUUCAUCCCACUUGUGCCUGUUGAGCUUGGAGGGUCACUAAGAGUUGCUGACUCUGUGUCCCCUGCCAGAAGCUAG